GUGAAAAUGGCGAUGGUGGUUGUUGAUGAUGAUGAUGAUGAUCAUGUUUAUGGUUGAUGGUGAUGAUGAUAAUGAUGAUGGUGGUGGUGAUAGUGACAACGCUAAGUGUGGCAUCGCCUGAAGGCGCGAAGAAGAAAUAGCUAGCGCGGGUUAUUACACCGCCAUAAGCCCGAAAGUGCGACGAAGAAAUACCGAGCGCGAGGCAGCGGUUGACCCGCCAAAGCUUUGCGCUAUGUAUUGUAAGGAGGAUUUUGAAACUAUUCGUAAAGGAUCAUGGAAAUGCCCCCCUUGCUGCGCACACGCAAAGCUUUGUUACAAUUCUGCCCAUGGCAGGUAAUGACAGGCUGUUGCCAUGGGAACUCGCGGAGGGAUGCCUAAAUUCGGUGCAUUCAGCGCACGCAAGUAGAGUUAGUCGAUGAAGGACCUAAGCUUGAUAUAUAAGAACUGCAUUUUCUUUUACACCAUUGUUGGCAUCACGUUGUCGCGUCAAAAUAACACCCUCCGUGACGCUUGAAAAAUAGGGACGUGAAGAAAAUAAAACAAAUAUCACUCUACGUGACCUUUCCUUAUAACAACUUCCGAUCACACAACGAAACAUGCCCGUUUACUUUUCGGUUCAUUCGGGCAUAUUGUUCUUUCUUCGUGGGCCCUUCGGGAAAAAUCCGCUGUUUUGCGGAAUAUGAGACUUGUGUUGUUUUGAAGGCUUACAAGUUUCCUAUUGGUCCCCUCUUUGUCACCUGUCGUCUGCGGCAGCUCGGGGCAAAAUCAAAGAUAACCUUUUCCACUCGUAAUAACAACAGGGGUUGUCUGAACGUAAAUCUGCUUUGUGCAACCCAAAAAGCGAGGGCAAGAGAAUUCACCCUUCGACCUCGACGAAAACCUUGCUGAGAGAGACAUACAACACACAGCAAGCGUCUCACUAGCCCGCCACUAAAACACUUGUAAGUCAGUGGGGAAGAGCGGUAUAAGCUUUAAUACUGGGCUAUCUGAAGUGGGUUUCCGGUUGGCUUUAUUGCUUUUGUUCAACCUAGUUGACAAAACUAAGCGCAGCAAUGGCGCUUUUGGAUAAACCCGUGUCCAUGAACGAGCUGGGGGCCGCAGUAGUACAAGAUAUCGGUGCAGUAGCGCACAUCCAGCUCUCGCAAGAGAAGAAUGAGCUCUCAACAGUAUGGGAAAGCAUGUACUCCAAAGGAUUAGGAAGGAAAGUAAGCUCGCAGUGCUAUUAUACACCUGAGGAUAUCGAGCGAGCGAGGAAAGAGGACGAAGAGAAAGCAGAGAAGGCGAAGGAGGAGAGGGAGCGUGCGGGAAGCAUUCAGGAAAAUCACGAGAUUGCAGAGAAAGAUCAGGCGAACGCGGCGGGAUCACAUGACGGCAAAGAAAGCCUAAAAGAUCUGGCGAGCGUGCAUUUCGAGAGAGCUCUUAGUUCCGGACGUGCUCAUGUUUUUGACGAAGGCAGGCAUUACCGCCGGCGAAGGACUCUUUCUGGGGAAUUUAGCAACUCAGCGCCGAAAAGUCAAAGACAAACAGCUCGCAAUAAAAGCUCUGGAGACGCUUUGUAACUGAACACAAUUUGCCCGGAUGCCGAAGGUCUAGAUGCGUGAACCUGUACAUUAUAAAACUUUGCAGUUACAGAUAUUUUUUAGAUGAAGUGAAUCACAUUUAUACUACCCACAUAAAUCACAUAUUUUGUACAUAGGUAAACAUUAGUUUGGUUUGUUAGACGGGUCAUGCUACUAUACUCUCAAUGAUAGCAAUAUGUACUUUACUCUAGUUUUUUAUACUGCGAAUAUACUGAUUUCAUACUGGCUAUAUUCUUUGCUGUUUAUCCAGUGAACUGGUGCUUUGUUUGGAUUAAUCUUUGAUUUAUAUUUUAUUGACUUACGUACGAAGUCAGUGGUUUAUCAUCUGAUUACAAAAUAAAUAAACCAAUGCAAUGUA